AUAUGAUGGUUCACUUAGUCUUUUACUUUUAGUGUUCAUUCAUUUCUUCUCUUCUCCUUCUCCUUCUCCUUCUCCUUCUGCUUGCAUGCUCUAAUUAAUUGUUUGAUUUUCUCACACGUGUGAGCACAAAAGCCAUGGAUGCUAGCCGAGCUCCACCAUAUGGCCUAACCCAAGAGGAGUUUGCAGAGGUAGAGAGCCUCAUCAAAACCUACCACAAAUUCGAGCCGUCGCCAAACACAUGCACGUCGCUAAUAGCACAGAAAAUCGACGCCCCGGCCAGCCACGUCUGGCCUCUGGUUCGAAGCUUCGACAACCCGCAAAAAUACAAGCACUUCAUCAAAAGCUGCAACAUGAAAGGUGACGGCGGCGUCGGGAGCAUAAGGGAGGUGACCGUGGUUUCGGGGCUUCCGGCCUCCACGAGCACCGAGAGGCUCGAGAUUUUGGACGACGAGAAGCACAUAAUUAGCUUUAGGGUUGUGGGAGGCGAACACAGGCUGAACAAUUACAGGUCGGUUACUUCGGUUACUGAGUUCGUUGAUGGCAGAGACGGGGUGAGUGAUCAGGUGUACUCGAUUGUAUUGGAGUCUUAUAUUGUGGACAUACCAGAAGGCAACACUGGGGAAGAUACGAAGAUGUUUGUGGACACUGUGAUCAAGUUGAACCUGCAGAAGCUUGGGGUGGUGGCUAUGAAUUCUGCGCACGGCAUUGGAGGACAGGAAAUUGAAGAAUCUUGAAUCGACACACCAGAUUAUGUUUUUAUUUUUUUCCUUUUUUUGGUUCUUUUUUUCAACUUUUAGUGGUUAGCAUUGUUGUUUGUUGUUCCCUCCUUUGAUUUUCUUUUCUUUUUUUGGGUUUUUUUUUAUUCACUUGGUACAGUUGGGAUUUGAUUAAUUAAUGUACAUUUUUUUUAUUUUAGUUUGGUUGGGUCAUUGGGGUGGAUUAUAUUGUUAUGGGGAUAUUAUUUUUAUAUCUUAUCAUUUUUCUCUCCAAUAAAUUAAAAAAGCAAAGGCACUUUGUUAGUUGGUUUCAAU